AUGGAUAAAAAUUCUAAUGUUGCAUCAUCGAAUCCAGUCGAAAAGGCAAGAGAAGAGUCUAUUAAAUGCAAAAUUUGCGGUGCGCCAGCGGAGCAUUCGAACUAUGGCGCGGUAUCAUGUUCACCAUGCAAAAUGUUUUUUCGGCGAAAUGCUAUUACUGGACAACUUAAAUUCAAAUGUGACUCGGACGAAGACUGCGAAGUUAAUGUAAAUAAUCGUCACGUAUGCUCCGCAUGUCGAUUAGCAAAAUGUUUUGCCAAUGGAAUGCAAUCGGAACUGAUUCGAUCUUCUCUGUCAAAGAAAACUGUAUCGAAAGAAAAAGCAAAUCCCACCACUGAAACGAUCACUGAAACGUCGAAUAUCCUUACAAGAUCUGAAGAAGAAAACCAGUUGCAACAAUUUCCAACUAGGAAUCUUUUACAAUUACAACCGGUUGGUUCGCCAUUGUACUCAGUACAGUGGACAGUUCUAUCAAGUUUGAUAUAUUGUUACAAUGAGAGUAAAAUUUUAUCCCUAGCUCGUCAAAUUUCCACUGAAAGCACUGUUGCACAAAGCAGUGCAACGUUAUCAACGCAACUGUUCUCAGAAGUAUAUCAAGCGGCUGAAAAUUAUCUUCGUUCGAAUCGAAAUUAUGCACAAUUGUCGUACGACGAUCGAGCCGGCUUUCUUCGUAUGGCUGCCGAAAGCACGACGUGGUCUGGUCUGAUAUUCAUUUGGAAACAAUGCCAACUUUCCAAUUGUCCAUCAUUUGUAACCUAUUUUCAAAAUUACUACGGUCAAAAUGCACUGAAUUUAGUCGAACAUGUUUUAAAAUAUAUGGAAACCGACGUUGUGAUUUUCAAGCUAGGUUUGUCCCUAUUUACUUUUUGUAACAAUCUUUUACUAGUUCCUUCAACAAUGGUUGUUAAACCAGCAAGCACGCUUACGACUUUUCGGAUUCAAAACAAUAACGCCGAGAUUACAUGGAAAUAUCUUUUGUUUAAAUACGGCCUUCAAUUGUCAGUUCGACGAUUUCUCAAUUUAAUCAAAUGUUUUCUAUCGACCAUUGAAACCAUGUAUGAGGCGCAAAGUAUACCGGUGCAUGUGAACGCCGUGGAAGCCGUAGUCGAACGAGUGGAACUAGCGUUUAUCUUAGAUGAUAUUGGAUAUAUUAAUGAUACUCGAGCUGAUCCAUGA